AUGUCCCGCCACCGUAACCGUCAUAGCCCGCGGCGAUACACCGUCCACGGUACCUCCCCGGUGAUGAAGCGGUUCCACAAGCCACGGCCUUCCUCCUCCUCAGCACCUAUAUUUCUUCGUAAGUCCUAUGUAGACCGUACAAACGAAACCAGAGAGCUCGUAAAGCUUGUUCAACAGAGCAUCCGCAUUCUUCCCGCCUCAAAGACAAAGAAGCCAAGAUCCAAAAUAUCGGUGAUGCUGCCAAAAAUCGAGGAGGGAGAUGAGGAGGUGGAGAUUAUUUUCGACCUUUCGGAUCUGGACCUCAAGCUUGAUGCUGGGAAGAUCGGGCAGAUGAAGCAGGGCCCGCCGUCUUUUGAGGUGCUGAGUGGCGGUGGAGGGGUGGAAUAUGUAGAUGGAUCUGGAGAGAGAGGGGAAGCGUUGGAGAUGGAGUGUGCUCGUGAGGGGAUGGAUUGGGAAUAUACUUGCUCACGGGUGGGGAUGAUGUUUCCGGGAUUUAAUGAAAGAAUUCAGGCCCAUUAUGUCGAUACUAGUAGGAUGCAGGGUAAGGGGGGGUUUAAUUACGGUGUGCUGGUUGAUGAUAUGGAUUGGGAGGAUGAAGGGUGA